GGGAGCGGUUGCCGAGCGGGGCUCUGCCGCGGGCGGGCAGCUGUCGGCAGCGCACUGUCUGGGGGCUCGCGCGGGGGGCUGCGGCUUUUCCCGGCCCGGAGCAGGUGUGCGAGGCCGGGAGGAGAGCCGGGGAGAGCGGGCCGGGCCCGGGGCUGCGGCUGCGGCUGCGGCCCCCCCCAGCCCCGCCAGCCUGAGCGCUCGGAGGUAGAGAGGAAAGGUCUGGACAGGGUGGCUGGACCAGUGGCAGACUCAAAUCCAGGCCAACUGUAUGACUGUCUGAGGUGUUGGAACAGAAGGAAGUCCAUUCCCGUUGGUGACAACACUGUGGCCCUGUUCUGGGAUGACCGAGGUAUAAAGGUUACCCCCAAGAAAGAGCAGCUGAGUCCUUGCAUCUUGUGGCAACUGGUGUGCCCAACACUGAGUUUGUGGGAGCUGAAGGCAGCCUGGCCCCUUCUCAUGGGCAGUGCCUACCUGUGCUGAGGUCCUGCAGCCGUGGCAAUAAGAGGAGCUGUGCAAUCAAUUGUCACUGAAAAUGUCUGACAGUCUGGAUAAUGAAGAGAAACCCCCAGCUCCCCCGCUGAGGAUGAACAGUAACAACCGAGAUUCUUCAGCACUCAACCACAGCUCCAAACCACUUCCCAUGGCCCCGGAAGAGAAGAAUAAGAAAGCCAGGCUUCGCUCUAUCUUCCCAGGAGGAGGGGAUAAAACCAAUAAGAAGAAGGAGAAAGAACGCCCAGAGAUCUCUCUUCCUUCAGACUUUGAACAUACGAUUCAUGUGGGGUUUGACGCUGUCACCGGGGAGUUCACUAACUCCCCCUUCCAGACCUCUAGACCUGUGACGGUCGCUUCCAGUGAAUCAGAGGGAAAAAUGCCAGAUCUCUAUGGCUCACAGAUGUGCCCAGGGAAGCUCCCAGAGGGAAUCCCUGAGCAGUGGGCACGGUUACUCCAAACCUCCAACAUAACAAAACUGGAACAGAAGAAGAACCCACAAGCCGUCCUGGAUGUUCUCAAAUUCUACGAUUCCAAAGAAACGGUCAACAACCAGAAAUACAUGAGCUUUACAUCGGGAGAUAAAAGCGCACAUGGAUACAUAGCAGCCCAUCCCUCGAGUACAAAAACAGCAUCAGAGCCUCCUUUGGCUCCUCCAGUGUCUGAAGAAGAAGAUGAAGAAGAGGAAGAAGAAGAAGACGACAACGAGCCCCCACCAGUUAUCGCACCGAGACCCGAGCAUACAAAAUCAAUCUACACUCGUUCUGUGCUGGAAUCCAUUGCUUCACCAGCAGCACCAAAUAAAGAGGUCACACCACCUUCUGCUGAGAAUGCCAACUCCAGUACUUUGUACAGAAACACGGAUCGGCAAAGGAAAAAAUCUAAGAUGACAGACGAGGAGAUCCUAGAGAAGCUAAGAAGCAUUGUGAGUGUUGGUGACCCAAAGAAAAAAUACACAAGAUUUGAAAAAAUAGGUCAAGGGGCGUCAGGUACAGUGUACACAGCGCUGGACAUUGCCACUGGACAAGAGGUGGCCAUAAAGCAGAUGAACCUUCAACAGCAGCCCAAAAAGGAAUUAAUUAUUAAUGAAAUUCUGGUCAUGAGGGAAAAUAAGAACCCCAAUAUUGUUAAUUAUUUAGAUAGCUACUUAGUGGGUGAUGAACUAUGGGUAGUCAUGGAGUACUUGGCUGGUGGCUCUCUGACUGAUGUGGUCACAGAGACCUGUAUGGAUGAAGGCCAGAUAGCAGCUGUCUGCAGAGAGUGCCUCCAAGCGCUGGACUUUUUACACUCAAACCAAGUGAUCCACAGAGACAUAAAGAGUGACAAUAUUCUUCUUGGGAUGGAUGGCUCUGUUAAAUUGACUGAUUUUGGGUUCUGUGCCCAGAUCACCCCUGAACAAAGUAAACGGAGCACUAUGGUGGGAACUCCAUACUGGAUGGCACCUGAGGUUGUAACUCGAAAAGCUUAUGGUCCGAAAGUUGAUAUCUGGUCUCUGGGGAUUAUGGCAAUUGAAAUGGUGGAAGGUGAACCCCCUUACCUUAAUGAAAAUCCACUCAGGGCAUUAUAUCUGAUAGCCACUAAUGGAACCCCAGAGCUCCAGAAUCCCGAGAGACUGUCAGCUGUGUUCCGUGACUUUUUAAAUCGUUGUCUUGAGAUGGAUGUGGACAGGCGAGGAUCUGCCAAGGAGCUUUUGCAGCAUCCAUUUUUAAAAUUAGCCAAGCCUCUCUCCAGCCUGACUCCUCUGAUUAUCGCUGCAAAAGAAGCAAUUAAGAACAGCAGCCGCUAGGACUGCGAGCCUUACCCCACACCAUCUCCCUCCUGAGUAAGACUGAACUGAAACUCUGCUGCAGGAAAAGAUGGAAGAAAAGACAGUCAACUGGGGUGGGGGGCGGGGAUCUUUAACUUUCAAAUGAAUAGAAACUUCUUAUAACCCUUUUUCCUACUCCCUCAGAUUAUGUAAUUUAUUUGUAAGCCUGAAUCGCAGCCCGACCAGGGCAGCAAUGUCGAAGUGGCCGUCAAGUGGUCCCUUCUACCGUGAAGCGAAAGAGCCAGUAGUGAAUCCCCUCAUUUUGUGCAUUCACUUUGAAGAAAAAAAGGGUUUCUCAAAGAUGCACACUCCCUCUUCAUAGUGUCGUGUUCGUUUUUAAGUUAGAGAGUAGUCCCUCUUGCAUUUGAACCUCCUUCAAAACUCCUUACCUAAUGUGAUGUUUUUCACUUGCAUUGUCAUUAGAUGUCCAGAAAAAAAAAAGUCAAAACUUUUUUUUUAAAAGAAAGCAAAAAGCAAAAACAAAACCAAAAAAAAAAAAACCACAAAAAACAAAAUGAAACAAACAAACAAAAAAUACCCCAGAGCAAGUACUGUGUGAACAUGUGGAAGUCCAUGCCCCUAAUAGAGUUGCAAUUUUUUAUUCUUCUUCUAUAGUGGUGGCUUGGUUUGUGUACCUGUUUUUCUGCAUUUGUAUUGGAAAAGGUUUCUUUUCAGGCAUUUUUCCAAAAGCAGAGAGGAAUAUGUAUGUUCAGGAAGGGCUUUUAAAAACUGUCCACCCAAAUAAUGCUCAAAUGGUGAGAUCCUGUCACAUUUUCAUGACGAUGCUUAAGAUAGUUGACGUAUCAUUUCUGUAAACCAGCUUGUUCAUCUUUGUGAUGCCUGACAAAGGACACACUGAAACUUAUGGCCCUCCUAUUGGGUGAGUACAGGUCCUCAACCUUGGAAACCCUGAUAGGAGAAACCAUUCUUAAAGCUGGGACUUUCUCUGGGAACUAAAAGGAAUGCAAGAGGAGUGUGCAAUACUGAGAUCUUUGUUGGACAGAAGGAAACAAAAAUCAAGAGACCUAAUUUAGUCCUCUCUUGUGCUUGUGGGACAUAGGCAUUGUCAAAUAGGCACAUUAGGAAGACAUAGACCCAUUAGCCAACAUUUGCUUAUGAUCAGAAUCAUGUGACAUGUUAUAACAUUUUUUAAAUAUCUUAAAAGACCUGGAGAACAGAGAUUUUGUAAGUAUUCGGCCCUGUCAGGAAUGAGAGGUCUGUGAAAACUACAUCCCAGUCAACAUUUGGCUCCAAGUAUUUGCUCCCAUUUUCCCUCUGUCUCACUGAUUUCUGUUUCAGGAUAUAGCAUGGUCAGCCAUCAUCCUCUGAGCUUUUGAAUUUCAAAAACAUGUUCAGACAGAUCUGGAAAUUCUCCAGUAAAAAAUAAUUAGGGUUUGUACUCAUAGAUCUCAAGAAGUAGCAGUCCAACCAUGUAUAUACUUAUUAAAAAUCUAAUGGUUGGCACUUUCUGAAUCUUCUGAGAGCAGAAAAAUAUCUGGAGGGUGGCUGCAUAGAAAAAGGAUAAGCUUCUCUUUAAAUGUAUUUUCACUUUUGUAAAUUCUGCAAAGUAGCCUCUCUAAGCCUUGGAGAAGCUGACAGUUGAUGCGAUAGAAGGCUUCUUGAUUUGUAACAUACGAGAAUCUGAAUAAGAACAUAUCUACAUUCAGCAAGAGAGAAAGAGAUCAAUGGCCUGGGCCUCUCUUCUUCUCUGCUAAGGUACAUCUGUCCAUCUAACCAUCCAUCCAUUCCUUAAAAUGCAAGCAGUUUCUUUAAAGAGUUUCUGCUAACCAUACAGUACACGUGUUUAUGUUUAAGAAAUGACACCACUGGUGGAUUUCCUAUUUUCUUUCUUUUUUUUUUUUUGAUGAUAAAAGUUGAGAGGAACUUGACCCCCCCACCCCCCCAGAAAACAUCCACAGUGAAAGAAAACAGAUGGGAAAAAAAAUUAAAUGGCAACAUUCAUUUGAAGCAUGCUGUGUUCUACUUUGCAAAAAGGUAGUUGGGCCUGAAAUUUUUAAUGCCACACUGUUCUAAAGAGAGAGAGAUAGAGAGAGAGAGAGAGGCCUUAGUUUUUAUUUCAUUUAAAGUUAAAUAUUUUUUUAAUGUUUCAUUCAUAGUGCCAGGGAAUUCGAUGAAAUAAUACCUGGGGUGUGAGUAGAAUUCAGUACACUAACUCCACCUUGCCAGUGGAGAUAACCACAAAGCUUGUCAGGAGAACCUAGUUUUUGAUUAGUGACCCUUAUGUCAAAAAGGCCUUUUUGGCAGGGAGAGACCUGGAGCAGUGUUCCUGAAAAAUGGUUGCUCUUUGAUGCCUUCAGUUUUGCAUAUUAACAAUGAGGAGCCGGAGACUUCUUCACCAUACCCCCAUUGUACCAAGAUUCUAUGGUAAUAUAGUGCAGUAGGAUUUAUCCUUACAGAUUUGUAUCUAUGUAAUUUUUAAAUG